CAUGGUUUCCCAGGCCGCCAGCUCCAGUGCACCAAUAAUGGCCUUCCCUUGCUCCAUUUCCCCCAUAUAUACCCGCCCUCCCCCAUCGCACUGCUGCACCAAACUCACCCACCUUUUCCCCUCCAAGAGCAGCAGCGAACUCUGAGUUCUACUAGCUCAAGCACAAGCCCGAGCUAGCUGCCUAGAAGAAGCCUCUGUUGAACCAUGGCGGCAUCAGUAGCUUGCGCCUUCUUCUUCGACGCCGAGCCGGCCGGCGAGCCCGGCAAGCACGCGCUGGACGCGUGCGCGCUCUGCGCCAAGCGGCUGGCACGCGACAGCGACGUCUUCAUGUACAGAGGGGACACGCCCUUCUGCAGCGAGGAGUGCCGCCACGAGCAGAUGCACCUCGACGCCGUCUGCGCCAGGCAGGCCGCGCGGAGACUGCAGCGCUUCUCGGCGGAGACGGAGUCCCAGUCCCACCGUGGGCAGCGGCAGUCCCGGAAGGUGUCCAUCGCCGGCUAGCCGCGGAAAGUUUUGUUUGGAUCGACAAGAUAACCAUUGAUGUUGUUUUGAAGAAACGACCGCUGUAUUCUGAAGAAACGACUGCUGUAUUCUGAAGAACCAUCGAUGUUGUUUUGGGAGGCAGUGCAGGGCACGGCAUCCGGUGGUAGGUGCCUGUUGCUUCCCAUAUGUGUCCAUGGCAAGCUAAUUAUGCUGCCCGGGUGCCUGUAGAUUCUUGGUUGAUCUGUGCUGUGCCGGUGAUUUGAUUUGGUUGGAAACAAAAUAGAAAAGGCCAUGGAUCUGAAGGAGGCAAUCAAACAUGAUUCACAAGUUGUUCAACUUCAGUGUAGGCCACCUGUGUGCCCCGUCUCUUAUUUCGUUUCCCUGAAUUAUUGGAUCCUGUUUGGUUUUUGGUCCGACAUGCUAGGUACACUCUGCAACAGCAGUGUCACCGUUAAAAUGGACUUGAUAUAAAUUAGGAUAUGAAUUAUCAUGUUUCCCUGAAUGGUAUGGUUUUACUCUAAAUCUUCUGAGAUUUUUUUAUUAUGCGCAAUUAAAUUGACCAGUUUGAUCCGCC